UCAAUACUGACUGACUGGCCAGCUCAUGCUAAGCUAAGAACUUUGAUUAACAUACUCAUCCGUACAAAUUAUGUGCCGGUGAUUCCAAUGUUAUGAAUUUUGUUUUCUUUAUCUGGCAUUGUUUCUUUGCUUUAUGUAAGGGAUGUUUCUGUAUGGGACAACAUUUCUCCAUCGGUUGUAAUCGAUCCAAUGUAGAAUGACAGUUGGGGGUGGUCUGGCUUUUGGUCUUUGUUAGGUGACUUGGGACGAGCCGGAGAUGCUGCAGAAUGUGAAACGAGUCAGCCCGUGGCUGGUCGAACCGGUCACAAACAUACCGAUGAUCCAACCAUCGGGUUUCUCCUCACCGCCGAGAAAGAAGUUUCGUUUCCCAACAGGACCGCUCGACUUCCCACUCGACGGGCAGUUCCAGUUGCCUUCGUUUUCAGGCAGCAACAACCACCCCCUCUCGUCCAGCAGCAGCCCAUUGUAUUAUCUGUCAGAUAACAGUGCACCUGCAGGCAUUCAGGGAGCCAGGCAUGCUCGUAUCGGGGUAUCUUUAUCCGAUCUCCACCACCUUAAUCACAACAAACUCCCCCAACCGCCAUCCAGCGGGUCAUUCCUCCGCAAUCUCCAGCAGUUCAAUCCACUACCGCCAGCACCACCAUCAAAUCAUUCUAGAUUCUUGGAAACCGGCAGUGAGAGCAUAUCCUGCUUGCUAACCAUUGGAAAUGGCAACUCUAGUUCUUCUUCAAGCCCCGAGAAGCCUUCUUAUUCUUCAUCAUCUUCUCAAGAGAAGAAGAAACAGUUCUUUCUCUUUGGCCAGCCAAUACUCACCGAGCAGCAGAUCUCCCACAACCGUUCUGGCGAAUCCAUCUCAAGAAAUUCGCCCGAUGAGAAGCAACUCUCAUCGGAGGAGAAAUCCUCCAGUGCUGGCGGCGGGCAUUCAUCACGGAACCAGAGUUGUUUAUCGGAUGGUGGGUCGCAAACUUGCAAGGUGUUCAUAGAAUCAGAGGAUGCAGGACGAACGAUCGACCUCACUGCCUUUGCUUCGUACGAGGAGCUGUACACAAGGCUGGCAAACAUGCUUGGAAUGGAAAGAACCGCGAUACUCAACCACGUUGUCUAUCACGAUACAGCUGGCGUUGUAAAACGAACUGGCGAUGAACCAUUCAGUUUGUUCUCGAGGACUGCAAGUAGGGUUACCAUACUGAUAAAUCCUCCCAGGAAUGACAAUGUUGCAAGGAAACGAAUGAUUCGAAGCGCUGAGAGUGGAUUGGAGGCCUCAAACAAGAGAGGACCCUUGAGUAUAUCCGCUUAGAAGAAGAAGCGACAGCUGCUGCAGAAGAAUAAGAAUCCAAUCCGUUGGAGCGUAGGAAAAGAAAUGGAUGGAGUUGUGAGAGUUUAAAGUGUGAAUCAUAUGUAGAGCUAUCUCUGAAGGCUACAAAAACGACUUUUGACUAUAAUUUGCUUUUUUUUGGAACAUGUUCUUCUGUCCUUGUUGACUAUUGUUAUGCAGAAAGUCUGCUGCUGUCAUGUACUGGAACUUGGUUUUUUCCUCAGAAAAGACCUCUUCCCUUCCAUGGAUAUUGAUUGAACAAGUCAAACUACGAUCCAAUAAAAAUUGAACAUACCUCCUAUUUAUGACAUUUCAUCUCCCCAAAAUUUUAAUCAUUUCAUCGAUUCAUCGCAUUAGAUUACAUCUUCACAUUGAAACUCCUUUCUUCUCCGAUUAUACUGCGCGCGCAUCACAUUUGCAACUUGCAAAGGCUAAACAAAAAUUUGGUAAACGAAAAAAUCGAACUUGAAUCUCCUCACCAACGAAGAGUCGAUGGUGCUAAACGACAAAGAGUCGUGACUUGAUGGAUUAAGUUCGAUUUUGUUAAUUGUUAUUUCGUUCGAGAAAUCAUCUGUAAGAGUGUGCAACUAACUGGUCCGAUGUAAACCGGAAGUAAUUGCGUGGGCCGUGGAGGAUGAGGAAAGAAGGAAAAAGAAAGCAAGAAGGGGAGGAUCCAGAUGUGGCGAGGGCAUGGGGAUUGGAGCGGACCCUGAAAACAUGCUCCGGCCGGGUCGGGCGUGUGUUGACUAAAAAUGACAUCAAGCAAGUUAUUGGUUGCACCAAUUUUGACGCAGCCAGCCUGGAUUCGGGUCGGAUCGGGUCGGUACUCGGUGUGUCGUCGUCGUGGCCAGUCGGUCACUCUCCUUAAAAGUGCAGCUUUUGGCAAUCCCCAGCAAUUGCCAGUCAUUCAUUUUAUUAUUUGUUUUUUCUUUUCCCUCUUAGAAUCUGUUUGAUUAUUAUAAUGAAAUGAUUCUGUGGUUAUGGAAUUCAUCUGCAAAUUGCCAUUGUUUUUACGUUGUCGUCUCCCUUUGGAUUUACAUUUCUUUCUUGGACUCAACGACGUCGUUAAUAAAAAAGUGAGCACACGUGGGGAACGGAGCCGAGUCCAACUCGGGAUAACACGAGGCACGUGGGUGGGUUCCGUCUCUAACGCCGUUUCGGGUGGCCGGGCCUGCCCCCGGUUUCCUUGCCCAGCCCGCCCUCCUCGACCGGUUCAACCACUUUCCCUUUAUUUUCUCAGAUUUGAUCAUUUUCCUUUCUCCAAACAUUCGUUGUGACCUUGUCCAUUGCACCUUGUGAAAAUCAGGGUAUGCCGUUAGUAUUGCACAUCCAUGAUUUCUAACUCGUGGCGGAUUAUAUUAAACUGCGAUUUAGUGUUGUACUAUGUUUUGGAUUCGCCGUUGUUUUUUACAAUAACACAUUGUUUUUUUUUUUCAAUUCCGAAUAGCUUUUAGAAGUGAUUACUUACUUACUAAUUAAUUAACAUUGUAUUUUGAAGACAAUUGAGUGGUGAGUUAUAGCUUAUAAGCACUAAAAGCUCCAUCUUCAAUGGCCGGGCGCGGCUAUUGAAGCAAGACGGUCAACAAUGGGCGUGCAUGGAAUGGACAAUUGGCCAAGACAGAAACAUGGGGAAUCUUCAAUUCCAAAAAUUUCUUAACCCUAAUUUCAUGGUUUUCAGUUCCAAAAAACCCUUAGAUUCAGGGAUGUGCUUGUUUGGUGCCUUUGCCUGGUUGGGGAAAAAACACAGAGAGAGAGAGGCAGAGUUCCUCCAUUGAUGAGAUUGUGAGAAUCUCUAGAAUGGGUGACUUCAAAGAUUUCUGUGGUGGCCAAUUGGGCAUAGAAUGCUGAAUCCUAUGUAUCAAACCACUAAAUGUUUAUUAGAUGU